GAUCAGCUGUAACUUGACAGUUGCAUAAAGUUUGCCAGCAUACCAGCAUUUGCAUUAUUAUUUGUAUCUGUUUAAAUUCAACUAUUUUUUUUAAAAUACAGCCAAGAUUAGAGUUUUUUUUAAAUGAUGCCGUUAAAUGAUUUGAUAGGGAAUUGUGACAUAACCACACAAGAAGGUAUCAAUGAGGCAUGCGAAAAGAUUGCCUCAAAAGAGAAAGAAAUCGAUGUGCGUUUGGAGAGUAUUCUUUCGCAACAAUGUCAGCUUGAGGCAAAAAUGCGCAAUAUUGGUCUGGCACUGAGUGGUCUAUCAGUUGUUGCAGAAAAAAGCCAGAACCUGUCGUCAAUGAUCGACGAUACGUCUCAGUUGGCGGAAAAUGUUAGCGCCAAGGUACGCCGCCUGGACGAAGCCCGAAGUCGAGUCUCGGAAUGCCAACAGCGGGUUCAUGAUUUGAUCGAUCUUCAACUGUGCAGCCAAGGUGUAAUAAUGGCCAUCAAAGAGGAAAACUUUGAAAAGGGAGCUCUGCACGUUAACCGAUUUCUUUCCAUGGAUAAGGCCUUGCUGCAGAAAACGGCGGAUGAUGUGUCUGGUUCGGUUACGUCUGUUAGUAAAGCAGUUUCCACGCUGGAGCAAGCAGCAACACAAAUACGGCAAGUGGUGAAUCAGAAGUUUGAUGAGGCCGUCAAAAAAGAUGACCUCGCGUCAGUCGAACGAUUCUUCAAAAUAUUCCCGUUGCUGGGUAUGCACGACGAAGGUUUGGAGAAGUUUAUGCACUAUAUAUGCUCCAAACUGCACAAUAAGUCCCAAAAAGAACUUCGCUCAUCGAUGGACAUUGCGAAGGCAGAGAAAAGAACUACCGUUGCGUACGCUGACACGCUGACAGUGCUAUUGGAGAACAUUGCGCGUGUGGUGGAAGUCAAUCAAGCGAUCAUAGAAAACUGCUACGGCCCCGGACGUUUAAUUCAGAUAAUUAACAUAUUGCAGAAGGAAUGUGACGAUGAAGUGGUUCAGUUGGUCUUGGAGUUCAACAAGAAUCGACAAAUCGGAAGAAGAGUAGCACAGAUUAAUGAUUAUAUCAAAAAUUCGGGUAAUUCAACGACGAUGGGCCAUUACAGGAAAGCCUCUGGUGGAGGAUCAGUUGAUAAGCUAAAUGCAAAAGAUAUCGAUGCACUAAUAGGUGAAAUUACUAUUAUACAUUCCAGAGCAGAGCUCUAUAUAAAAUUCAUUAACAGAAGAUGCGCGAAUGAUCUCGAGAAAAGCAACAUGGAUCUCGACACAAAACAAGCUAAAAUGAAUGGUUUGAAUGAAUUACUUCAGAAGUCUCGCCUAAGCACCCAAAUGCAGGAAGUAUUAGGAACGUAUCUACUGUUCGAACGGUACUUCAUGGAGGAAAGUGCAUUGAAGGCGAUUGCUCUGGACAAUCUUGAAUUUGAUCAACAGUGUUCCAGUAUGUUGGAUGACGUUUUCUUCAUUAUUCGCAAAUGUAUUCGUCGUUCGAUUGGUACCCAAUCAUUGGAUGGCGUUUGUGCUGUGUUAAACAAUGCUGCCAGUUGUUUGGAACAGGACUUUAUGAAUGCCUUGAAAGCGCCGCUAAAAGCUGGCUAUCCAACGGGUUACAUGGACUUGGCACAAUCUGCGUUACAAAGUUCGAUUCAACAGGGUCGACUACAAACGAGCGAUGUAGAUCAAGCUCGCAUGAAGUUUAUCACUGCUCUGAAUAAUGCCGAUCAGUCCACGGAGUUUAUUGAAACUUUGUGGUCAAUGAUGACGGAGGAGAUCAAACUGAAUUUUCCCGCAAUGACCGUCCGAGAGAAGGAAAAACUUGAUAGUUGUCUUUCUGGUCUGAAAUCGUUCGGAGACUCGCUCAAAGCGCUCGUUGAUUUUGGACUUCAGCAGUUACGCACGUCUGCCAUAAAGCCCCGCCUGCAUCCGUGGGUAGAUCAAUUUAUCAGUCAUAAUCACAACCUGACAGAGGAUGAACUGGCCACGUACGAAGCCGGUGAAACAUUCAUCCAAUUUUUGGUCGUUCAGAUCGAUGGACUAUUUAAUAUGUUCAAAUCAACUCUCACCUCUCGCAAUUACGAUGCGCUGGUCAGCAUCGUAACCACCGAAAUCACAGCCCGUUUGGAGCGAGCGAUCAAAAAGUCUACCUUCAACAGACUCGGUGGAUUGGUUCUAGAUCAAGAAUGUCGUGCGUUGGCGUCGUUCUUAACCGGGGCCACCUCAUGGUCAGUGAGGGAUAAACUUGCAAAACUACUCCAAAUAUCAACGAUCUUGAACUUGGAGAGUGUGUCCGAAUUACCCGAGUAUUGGGAAUCCUCGUCAGCAACCUGGCGGUUGACCCCAAGUGAAGUACGCUCGAUUUUAGCGCUGCGCAUUGACUUUAAAAUCGAUGACAUAAAAAAGUUGAAAUUUUGAAUGCGCUUAUUGCAAGUAUUGCAUAUUGUAAAUAAUCAAAUCGUAUAAUAUAAAUAAUGCAAAAUAAUUUGACUAGAAUAUUCGAAAAUUCAUUAAUAAUAAGCUUAAGCGAUGUUCUCUUUUACACCCCGAGUUCAUGAAAAGUGUAUUUUAAGCUCUUUUUAAAAUGACAGGAAAUAAUUUGCAAGGUAGGUUUGCUGAAUAUUGUCCCGCAUGACUGGAGACAAGUGAGAGUGAGAGCCAUACGAAAACCCAACAAGCCGCCUUGCGAUCACAAUACGUAUAGCUCGACUGCAAUAUAAUCCUGUAUUCGUAAAUUGUAAGAGAAAACGAUUCUACUACGUUUGGACAAGUGGGUCGAAACGAACAAUUUGCUGUCAAAUACGCAAUUUGGCUUCCGCCGAGGUAAAGGAACGAAUGAUUGUCUCGCGCUGCUAUUUUCUGAAAUUCCAAUUGCAUUCGCUCGUGAAGAACAUAUGGCUUCUAUUUUUCUCGAUAUCCAAGGGGCAUUUGAUUCAGUUUCCAUGGAAAUUCUCUUAGAGAAGCUUCAUAAUCGUGGACUUUCACCAAUUCUGAACAAUUUCCUGUCAGAAAAGCAAAUGAUUUUCUCUCAUGGCAGCUCGAAAUCUUCUCAUCACAGUUUUAUGGGCCUACUGCAAGGCCCCUGCCUAAGCCCUCGCUUGUAUAGUUUUUACGUCAAUGGUAUGAAUGAUUGUCUAACUAGAGACUGCACGCUGAGACAACUUACAGACGAUGGAGUUAUUUCCAUCACGGGUUCUAAUCCCGUCGUUCUGCAAAAAUAGUCGCAAGAUACCCUGAACAAUCUGUUCACGUGGGCCCUCAAGCUGGGUAUCGAAUUCUCUACGGAGAAAACUGAAAUGGUCUUUUUUUCUAGGAAGCACGAACCCGCCCAAUUCCAGCUUCACCUAUCCGGAAAAACGAUCCAACACUCUAUGUUUUUCAAAUACCUGGGUGUAUAUUUUGAUUAUGAGCCUGAUCACGAACAUCACUGCCACGUACGCCUUCACGUCGCUUACAAUUCACUUAAUCUUUUUGUGUUUAUCAUCAUUGUCACGGACAGCUGCGUGUAAAAAUGGACUACGUGAAGUGAAAGUGUUCAUUCCCGUUUAUAAGAGACAUGUUGGUUGCAUAAUGUCGGGUGUUUCAACGUUGUGUCGGUUGCAUAAUUUCGGACGUUUGAACGUUAUGUAGGUAAAAUUAAUACAGCGUAUGAGAUAACAUUCCAUUUAAUUAAUCGUAUAUUUUAGAACAACAAGUUUGCGAUUAUACCUCGAUGAUUAGUUUGCUGAGUCAAAUGCUGCCUCAAAGAUGAGGAGGAAUACUUGGUUGCUCGGGAAUAAUGUAGUUGUUGAACAUAUGGGAAUGUAAUUCUACGCCAGAGAUAAAACAUGACUAUUAUGUUUAAUAAUCGAAAUCUCGCAUACUCUUGUACUUAGCUCUGUCUUACUCGUUUGAAUAGUGAGAAAUAUUUAGAAUCAUUUUUUUAUGAACCGUUUCUACAAUUUUGAUGAAUAAUAAUACCUUCUAUAUCUAACAAAACCGAAUUUAUCCACCUCACGAUCAGUAUAAUCUUAGCUACUCCCAUAUGGGAUUCUGAAGUUUAAUCCUCUUAUCCUUCCCAUUCUCGUGUAAAUUGAUAUACGGGACAUGAGGUUUGAUUUAAUUAUUGAAACAGAAACUGGUCAGCAGCGUCGGUCAGAAGAUGGUGAUGCAUAAUCCUCAUAGAAAACAUCUGAUGGAUUUCAUGGAAUUUGACAAAAGCGGAAAAUGAUUCAGAUUUUCUUUAGGCGGAUAUCAAAAUUAUGGAAAAAAAAACUAGAGAAGAAUUUAAAAACAGUAUCUUGUGAAUGCUUUGCAAUGAUAGACUCAUUUUUUCCUUGUUUGAAACUAAUUAUCACUUUUGACGUAGGAUUGCGUCUUUCGGGAACAUAUUGGGGUACAAAUUGAAAAUCGAAAAUCGAGCGCAUCGUGAAAAUUGUCCAAUUUCAAACGCUUAUUGCACAGUCAUUUCAUGAUGGAUUGAUGAAUUUUUUGCGUCAAUCGAUUUCGGCACUCCAUAACAUUUUUUUAUAUUGGAGAAAAUAAUAUAUGUCAUGAAAUUAACUAUCGAACAAUUGGCAAAAUUGACGACACAUGCGGCGGGUCCCUAACAGAGACAUCAAAACCAAGCUGCCUGGGGGAAAACGGCAUUGCAAAUAAAUGAAAGUAGGGGGAACUUUUGUUCCUACCGAGAUGUGUUCCCUAACAGAGACAUCAAAACCAAGCUGCCUGAAGAAAAUCGGCAUUGCAAAUACAUGAAAGUAGGGAAAGCUUUUGUUCCUAUUGAAAAGUUAGGGAAUACAGAGACAUCAAAACCAAGAUGCCCGGGGGAAAUCGGCAUCGCAAAUAUAUGCAAGUCGGAUGCAUUUUUAUAUCGCAAGUAAGGUGAGUGAUACGAUUAAUUCUAGUAAAUAAAAUUUAAAUUUGGAACUUUAAUGUUGGUUGUUUCGUUAAAUUUCAUAUCAAUGACCGAUCGUGUAUUGUGAAAAAUUUAGCACAAUAUUAGAAAAUGUGAUUUCCCAUAUGUUCUACAUAUAGUAUAGUAUGUUGUGUUAUUGUUAGUCCAAUUAAAAUUCGCAUUGAAUUGAAUAAACACUCAGAAAGUGAAAGUCAUACAAGAAAAUAACCUUUUCCAAAUUAAAUAUGUUUUCUCUAUAUUAAAGUAACAUGUUUUUACUGGUGAGAAAAAUUGAUAAUUGUGUUCGGUAUUGGUAAUUAUCUUAUACUACAUUAGUGAUUAUUACAUUACAUUAGUUUUAUUACAUAGACAUUUGUUUUUUCAUUAUUUCAUCCAUAAAAUAGGAGGCAUCUUGUCUAGGAUCAGAGAGGACGGUUUUCAUCAUAUAUCGUUGCACUUCGGUAUCUUUUAUCUGACACGUACCAUCCAACGACUGUUUACCAUUCUUCUGUCACUGGUGGAGUGAACAAACAAUAUGCAACAACCAAACAAAACGGCCCUUUUCAGGGCCACCAACUCAUUAUCAAAUAGUUUAACGAUGUAAUUCUUCUAACAUAUCCAAAAUCAACAGAUAGCUUAACGGAGUCCUACGACAACUAUGCGGUCGUGUCUCGGACACAACCCUCCAGUGACUUUUUAAAUAUGCUUUCAUUCAAAGUAUGUCUUCAAAACAAUACAGUUGAAAAUAUCUAUAAGGUAAAAAGUUAUAACUAUCGUCCUGAUUCUGGUCUGGUCCGCCAAUUCUGAAUGUUUGAAUUACAAAAAAACUAGCUCUGCAAUUUUGGGAAAACUUUACAGUUAUUAUUCUAUAAUUCAUAAUAUCAACAAAUCAAUAUUAUACAAUCAAUCGUGAUCGUAUUUGGGCCAGUGGCCUCCAUUGCCAUUUUAUGGUGUUGCAACUCUCUCUUAGUCUAAUCCUAAACAUAGAAACAAAAAAAUUCUGUUCAUUCAGGACAAUCGGAAGUAGACCUCCGCCAUGUAUCAAUGGGUCUACGGGAACUACAUUUUUGAUCCUUAAUUACAUCCCAUAGCGCAUUUACCGAAUCCAAAUAAACAAAUUUACGUCCUCUGGAUACGUCAGAAUUUCGUUCUAAAAAUGCCACCAGGCGGGUAAAUUGCUGUUUGUUUAUCUUUCGUUUCUUAAACAAGACAAGACAAGACUCAAAAUGUUAGCAAAAAAGCUAAAUAAAUACGAAAUUAAACUUACUCCAUUCCGCGUGACUAGCUUUCACCAUCUAAAACACAAGUGACAAAUAUACCUGUUUUUCUCCAUGACAUGACAGUAUCGUGAUAUUCAUAAUAACACCGAGUUCAUCACAGUUGUCACGACGGAUGAACUCUUCUGGAUUCUACACACACGGUGACAGCCGUAAUAAGGUUGUAUACAAUUCACUCCGUUUUCACCGUGAAGUGACGUUCGUGAUCAGGCCCUAUAAUUGUACCUGGGGGAUACACAUUGCGUAUUUGGAACAGAAAUACCAGCAAAGAAUCAAUCUUCUCCAAACAAUAACCGGAACACGGUGGGGUGCCCAUCCAGAAUACCACAUUAAGCUUUACAAAACAACGAUAUUAUCAGUGUUAGAAUAUGACUGUUUUUGAUUCCGAUCAGCUGCCAGGAUUCAUAUUCGCAAGCUGGAGAGGAUACAAUAUCGUUGCUUGCGUAUAGCCAUGGGGUGUUUGCAUUCGAUACAUACGAUGAGUCUCGAAGUCAUGCCAGGAGUACCCCCGCUUACUCUUCGGUUCACAGAAUUAUCUUACAGAUUUCUGAUAAAAUGUUCUUUACAUGAACGGGUCCACUGGCUUUGGUAUCUUCAAUGAAAAUUUCAGUGCCUCUUUCAAACUCAGAGAUCCGUGUAUGUCGCUGAACUGGGUGCGAUAUACUACGCACUAGGGAUCAUUGAAACAUUUUCCAUCAACCAUUAUUUUAUUUUUCCAUAUAUUUUCAGCCCAACAGAGGCAAUCCGCUCAAUGAAAGUUGAUAAACGCUCAUCUUAUACACUCGUAAGUUGGCAGCGGAUGUGGAGUGAAGAUGAGUUCGGUCGUUGGUUUACACGAUUAUCCCUAAGGUCUCGACCAAGAUGCUAAACUAUAGGUGUUUCGUUCUUGACACUUUCAUGACAAUACCUGAGACGAGUAGCGAGACGUAGCUUUCUGAAUUAUUUACUUUUUGUUUGGUUGUGUGGUUAUGGUUUCAUAUCAACUCGCUGAGGAAAACAACUGAAGGAAGAAAUAAACAAAUAUAUAUUCGUGAAAAAUAGUGUACUAUAGCUGCAAUAAGGUAUUUAUAUUAUAUAUUAUAACCGCUCCAUGUAAUGUAAUUAAACAUACACAUACUCUUUACAGAUACACAGGUCGAAGGCCACUGAUCAUUUAACAAGAGCCAAAGGUUAUACCGCUCAUGGCAACUCUACACGAGUUGAAGAUUGUACCGUCCAGUGACCAUUCUACCCUGGAUUCCUCGAGUCAAGAGAGACGCACCACGAUUGAUAUGAGGUACAGACUAGGGGGGCGUCGCUGAUCAAUGGUCAGUUAUACUCCAAUAGGAAGUAUCCCGUGUCGGCCACACAUACAUAGUACUGGAGACUACAACAUCCCAAUUAUGAGAUCUAUGUAAUACUAACCUCGAGCCAACCGCGAGUAAUCGGUUACAUAUUACUAACACAGUUGUAAGACAAAAAUUGUUAAAAUAUUGGACUCCCGGCCCCGUCAAGCUACGUGCCUUAAUAAAAUAUAUAUUUUGGGAAAAAAAAAUUAUAUAUUAUUCAAUAUUUUUGGGGGACAGUGAGGAUUUGAUGAGCUUGUGAAUGUGAUAAAAGUGCUAUAAGUCUAAGAAAUCUGUUGUCCAACUCCUCCACAGAUAAUCGUUCAUCUCGCGGUUCUCUAUCAUGCCAAAAUUAUAUUGUGAAUAUUUUAUUUACUUCAGAUGCCGUAUUAUUGUGCAGUAAAAGGAUGUGGAAACAAGGUUCUCAUAACGAAAAAUAACCCGGACAUUGUUUACCACACUUUUCUCCGAGAUGGAGAUAAAAAUCAAAAAUCAAAUCAUAUGCUCACGUCAUUUCCAUAGAAGCAGUUACGAUGACCGACAUCAAAUGCGCCAUGAACUUAAUGGUACGAGGAAAUAUAGGAUGUUGAAUUCCAAAGUUAAACCUUUUUUCUGCCUUAUAUGUAUCAGCCAUUCCAUGUCUAACCGAUAUAGUGGUUCUCCGAUUUUCGUGGAAAGUGGUAGAUUUGUUCUUUAUUGUAAAAUAUUAGACCCGUCUUUUCUUGUUUUUUUUAUUAGGGCUGUGUGGUAUACGUUGCAAAUCGUGAAUAUUGUCACCGGAUUAAGGGGAUUGUAGUGAUGUAGAACGUUGAACUUUUGACUAGUCUGAAAUCGAUCCACCGCCGCAACAAUAAGAAAUUUCUCACCGUGCAAUUUUUCGAAAUGACUGGUAUACUCAUCGGCAGUGCGGAAAUACUCUCGGCAUACAAAGCAGCAGCGCAAAGAGGGGUCCAAAUUGUGUUUCAGCAUACGUUCCACCGUAGUCACAUAACGAAUUUCCGAUAGAAGUCGAUUCGCCGCUACCAUCUCUUU